AUGUGCUCCCAAGGAGCGGUGGUUGCGGCUAACAGCGGCCGCGGUGACUGGAUCGACGGAAUGAAUACUGAGGGAUACGAAGUGGUUUUACCUACUCUGCCAUCAGGUCGUAGUGUUUUGAAUACUUUAUUUUUGCACGCGGAUAUCCGGUCGAGGCCUUACCGAGUCGAACAUUUCUGGGACACGUUGGCGCGUCUUGGUUUGCUCCCUGAAGUGAUCGCGUUGGGGGCAUAUCAGAUGAGCCACGUAUGGGCUGUGACUUUCAAGAGCACGGAAGGGAUGAAGAAAGCUUUGGAAUGCGGCGAAAUGAAGGUGAAGGGUCACCGUUGUUUGGUUAUUGAUCCGGCAAACCAGGACGUGCGUUUGAAGCUUCACUUGCUUCUUUUCAAUGUGGCCGACGAUGAUGUUCGUGUAGCGCUUGCUCCGUUCGGAAAGGUGACCGAGGUCUCGAAGGAAAAGUGGAAAGUUCAAGGGAUCCAAGACAAGGGGUCGGCGACAUGCCUCGUGCGCAUCAAGCUCCAUAACGGCAUUAAGGUUGAUGACCUUCCACACCAGCUUCGCAUAGCCGGUGACAUGGCCCUUCUAGUCGCGCCUGGAAGAGUGCCAGUGUGCCUGCGGUGUCACAGUAAGGGCCAUAUCAGACGAGAAUGCCGAGUUCCUCGCUGCACGCACUGCCGUAGUUUUGGACACGAAGAAUCUCAGUGCGUGAAGACGUACGCAAGUGUGGCGGGGCCGGUUGGAGGAGAGGACACUGCGGAACUCGUCAUGGACGAGGCUGACGCUUUAGAAGCCGCAAGCGAAGCAACGUCGAAGCUCGAGGAACUUGAUGUGGCAACGUUAACCCCGCCCGACAUGCCCCAAGACGCAAGUGUUAACAAGGAAAGCUGA